AUGGUUCCCGAUACAUUUCCUAAUAGCCUUGAUGACUGUAUUUCCCCUUUCCUCUCCAGUCGCAGGGGCGCAACACAAGUUCUACAGUACAGCCCAAACUGGCCAUCCCUUCUUCCAGCCCACAACCCAUUAACUCCGGCACACACGAAAUGGUUCGUUAUUUUUCCUGUACCGUUACUUGGUCCUCUUCUGGGUAUCAAUUUAUCUGGUUCAUACUCUGGAUAUGUAUUCUGCCAACAAUCUACCGGCUCAACCUCCAUGUCAAUCGCUAUGGCAACCAUACAUUCAUUCUGGAAUUCCCAUGCAUCACAUGUCGGCCUUUGUGCACAGGGCCAGAGUCAGGCAGAGACGCUUGAGAUGGGCGGCUACGGCUCGUACACCAUCUCGCCCCUCACCCUUGCUCUACUUGUCAAUCGGGAGCGUUCAAGCGAAAAGCCGUUCGGUGACCCGUUGUGCUGGUCUGGCAGCACCUCGAGACCAGUCACUGGGGUACGAGCAGAGGACAAAAGGGUGGACGACCCUCUUGGGACCGACUCGAAGCUCACUCGUCGCCAGUCAACACGACCGGUCAUGUCCAGUUGUGAUUGGUCUCGGCCCGUUCCGUUUCGACGAAAACGAAUCCUGUUGAGGAGCCGAACUCUUGGAGAGUGCGGGUUACGCAAGUAUGGCGUCGAGUACAUGCGUCUGGCAUAG